AUGCGACUUAGACAAUAAGGAAGAAGUUUUGAGGAAUUAGUUGGUUAGUCAGAAUAUUCUAGUAUGAUUUUGAGAAUAUCUUAAAUUAGAUUUAGUAUUUAGGGGAAGAACUUUUAUAUAAUUCAUAAAUAUUUUUUUUAAAUUACCUUUGAUAUUGUUUUGAUGAAAUCCAAAAUUCUUAAAACUGAUUAAAUUUUUGAUAUUUUAAAGCUUUCCAAGGCCAAUUAAAUGAAUUAUAGAGAUUUGAAUGACUCUAUAGAAAUAUUUUCCAAUACUGAAGAAAAGAAGACCGAAAUAGAAAUAGUAAAAUACCUAAGCAAUUUGGGAAUUCGAACAAAAACAGAUCCCCUAUAGAAAGAACAAGAGUAUUGGAGAAGGAAAAAAUUAGAAACUUAAAAAAAAAUGUUAUCAAUUUUAUGUUUAACUGAGUCAACAUAAUCUCUAAUGCUGAAUGAGUAUGCAUCUAAGUUACUACAUCACAGAGUGUCCUAAUCUUUUUUUGAGACAAGGAUGAUUAAUAAUACUCCUACUAUGAUCAUAGAAUGA